GGGGGAAACCAGGGGAAUAGUAAAAACUGUUUAGAGAAAUUUGUAAGUUUGAAGGAUCUCUACUUUUUUAAUAAACUGAUACUAAUUCCAGUCCUACCGAGCUUUACAAAAGGUGAGGAAAGAGACAUGACUUCCAGCAGCUGGAUACGUCCUGUCUUUGAGGCUUCUAUCAAAGUAUUAUUUGCAGUUUUCACAGCAAUUGCCAGAAACUGAGAUAGCAGAAAAUAAUUAUUUCUGUUUUUCAAAUUCCAAGCCAACAACGGUGUGUGGUUCAGUGACCUAUGGAGGUGGUGGUACCAUCUUGUAUUUAGCUGCACACAAUGGGAUUCGGUAUCUAUUCCUGAACAUACAGAAACUUUACACAAGUUGUUCUGGAGACUUAACACAGUUCCAUGCUGCGGCUACAUGUAUUAAGCUCUACUACCUUUUUUUGUUGUUGUUUUAAAUCAUGUUUUAAAGCCCAGAGUGACACAAAGAUCUUUAUCAUAUAUCCCAUUAGGAAUUGCACUCAUGUUGCAAGCUUCAGGCAGUGGGGGUGCUGCAGGGGUGGCCUCUGUGAGCACGUUUUGUGUGCUGACAUCUGUGAACUAUGAGAGACGAUCGAUAUACGAAUAAGUAUUUGUUAUGCUAUCAAGGUUUUAUUCCCCAGUAGGAAUAAUCGUCUGAGAGCCCAUUAAUAAAAAUGUAAAACAUAGGGGAUUUUUUCAUUUACAUAAUUUUACAUUACUAUUAGUAAAUACCACUUUGUUUUACUACUUACAUCCUCUAGGUGGACCUAUCUAGUAGCUCUGUAAAACUUAAGGCACUUCUCAUUUCUGUGGAUCUGAGGAAAUUUGAAUACCUUGGACAGGAGUUAAGCCCCUCCUUAUAGCUUAACCCUUUUCAGCUUGAAUUCAGUAGACCAUCUGCUUUGAAUCAACUAGCUGUUAAAAGGGUCCCUUUUAAAGAUUUUUCCAGCUGUGAAAACAAAUGCAGAAACUCAGCUGAGCUUCUACAGUGACUGUAUCUUCUGUCAGCCCUCUUAAUUUUAGUAUUUAUUUUUUUAAUUUCUGUUUUGGUUGAAGGCUUCUUAAUGUCUCUAGUUGAAAGAGAAGCUAUGUUAGGCUUGAGAUAUAGGGUCUGCCUCUUCUCUUUUCAUCCUCUACACAUUUACAAAUGGCUCUUCAGAGCCUGCAGCGUAUUUAUUUUUUCACUUGCCUGUUUGACUUUUCGUUGAACCAAUAAGUACUUUUUCCCAUUUGAGCACUUUAAGAAUUUUUCUUUCUUCCAAUAAACUUCACCAUUUGGUAAUUCCUAUGUUUAUUUUUGUUGUUUAUUUUUUUUUAAUUCUCUUUGCAAUGUUAUACUUACUGUAAUGCAGACCAGUUUGUCUUCCUCUCUCUCGCUGCAGUUAUUUUGUCAGUUUACGUCAGUAGUUCUGUACCACGUACACAGUGAAUUGUGAGAGAAGCAUGUUCUUUGAGUAGUUGAUUUUUUUAAAUAUGAAUACUAACUUAUAAGUCUACAAAUGAGCACUUCUACUUUAGAAUUACAUCCAGUAAUAUAAAGAACAAGCUCAAUGUUUGCCUGUGUAGCUGGUAUUCUGAGGAAGUUUAAGAGCCUUUCGAAGAAGCUUUAGUUAGAGCUAUUAACUUAGAGGAGAAUUUGGAUACUUUCCAAAUGGGAUCUCAGCCGUUUUGACUGGAGCGCUUUUAGUUAAUAAAAGGGAUUUGUGCCAUGUGGUGGUUAUUAAAAAAAGAACAGGGAAAUAACUUGCAGCACGAAAGUGCUUCUGAUCUUUAAUGUUUCUUGCAUUUGAUUGUUUUUGCUUGUGUUGUGUUGCAUACAAAACUGGAAAAUGUUUUUUUGUUUGUUUUUGUUUUGUUUUGUUUUGCUUUUGUUCAUGGUAAGUAGAACUGGAACAGACAAGAGCUGCACUAAAGUUGCUCUCAAAAAACACUGAUGUUGUACUUUUUUUUUGCCAUGUAGGAAACAUGGAGAAAACCUAAUUGCUUUGGAUCUCAAGAAUAACUAUUCAAAUCAGAUUCCUGAGAUUCUGUCUAAAACAAAGAUAUUCAUAUGUGAAAUCACUUGCUUCAUUUUUAAUGGCUUAAAAUGAAAAGGAAUGGCUCAAAUGAGUUGAAUUUUAGAAGCAGAUAAGAAUUUAUCUUACCAAGUGGAGAUCCUUUGUCAGGCUGUUGUUCUUUCUCCCCUCUGGAGUGUUUUUCUAAAGCUAAUGGCUAAUUUAAAAGGAAAAACAAAUCUAUUAAGAGGAUAAUGAGUGAGGGGGGGAUCCUGUCAAAACCGGGGAUGGGUAGUGGGUUGUCCGUGGCUAGAAAGUCUGAGAAAUGUAGGCCAGUAUGUAGCAGGUAUUCUGGAAAUGUGGUUGGUUCAGGGCUGGUCUCAGAGAACUGGUAAUAUAAAUACUUACACAUUUGGAAAACAGCCCUAUCAGAGCAGCAGUGGUAGUUUUAUAUGUUCAGAGGCUGGUAUAACGUUCCAAAUAAAUCAUGUAUGGUAAUAUAUUGAAGACCAACACACUGCUUUUAUAAGCUGUGAACAGCAGGGAUAAACCUUGGUUUUUUACAUCAUACUUGUUCAGGGGCAAGAGCAGAAACUAUUUUAUGUGUAACAUUUAGUAUACCUAUAUUUAGAAAGGAAAUGACAAUAUGAGUGGUAACCUGUGAACUUGUAGCUGUUUGAACUAAUUUUGGGCAUACAAAGAGUGAAAAUCCAUAAAAAGAUGUCAGAGAGUCCUGCAAUAACAUAACAAAGAAUAGGAUGUAUGCCAUGUUGGGUAAUUAUCAAGUUAUGAAGCAUUCAAAUGAAAAGAUGAGGCGAGAAGAACAUCCUCUGGAGAAGGUUUUUGGGUCAGAUAUUUUAAUGUUGUCUUGGCAAGUUUUGCAAGCUCUGUAAGACAGCUGAAGGCUAUCAGUUAAUUUUAAGUUUGUUGUAGCUGCUAAACUUGUGAAUGUCUGAUAAUGAAUAUCUGGAGUUAACCACGCUGGUAAGCUGUGAAAAUGUUGAUAAUGACAGAGGAAAAGCAAACAACACAGAGGUAAAUGCUACCUUUAUUAUGUUUGUAUGUCUUCGACCAGAUUUUUAUAUUUACCAGCUCCUGGUGUAGUUAGCCAUGUGAUUUGAGCAUUAAUAAAAGUGGAGCAGAUGUGCGUUCCUUUUUCUGAACUAUUUUUGUUCUUGACUGUUUAAAGUUACUGUCCUUAACUAAUAUUCAACAGCUAUUUAAUUUGCAUUCAGUAUUGAGGAGGGACAUUUGGAGUUUUGUUAAUAAUAGAGGGAUGCAGGGGGGAAUGAAUAGAUAGUUGAGAGAUGAGGCAGUAUUUUCAAAUGAACUGUGAAAGAAUAAUCACAAAAGAAUGACCAAGAGAAAUGUACUGUUAGUGUAGGAAGACUGAAGUCUUACAGGAUUGGCACACUUGGAAAUACGUAGCACAAGCAAAAUCAUGAGUAGGUAUAAAAAUGUAAAUAAUACGUAAAUAAAAUGUCUCAUCUUUGAUCUUUGCGUGAUAAAUGUCAUCUGUAUUUCUCCAGACCCAGUUGCUGCUCUGGCUUUGUUUGAAAAAUCUUUCCUCUUGAGUAGGUGACCCAUUGUAAAAGAGUCAGCUGAUAGUUACAGUGUCAAAGCAUAGUAGAAAGCAAGGUUGUAAAUGGGUGCACAUUUUUGGAGAUUCUAGCUUUAAACAAUCUGGAAAAGGAGGACAUUUGAAAUUUCUGCGAGAUAGUAUUUGAGGAGGCUUUUUGAGAUACUGGUUAUAGCAAACCAGAGUCAGGAAAGCUGCCUGUGUGAUCUUGCCAAAACCAAGAAGAGAGCUGAAAGAGCUCAUAUAUAAGAGACGUAUAAAAAACAUGAUUGUAGAAUUCUUUUUGGGAUGCCAGAAGUAUAUUUAAAACUCUUGUGAAACUCAGCUGUAUAUAAUUUAGUGAAUAACUUAUUUUUAGUUAAAAAUAUCACUUGCGUAAGUCAAAGCUUUAAUAAAAUCCAUAUAUAACCUGGUUAUAAGCUCAAAAGUGAAUCGUAUUUCAUUCUGCAAUAGUGGUGAGUUUGAUAUUGAGUAUUAAAACAGACCCACACAUAAUGCGGAUCACCAAUCUUAUUAAAAUGAGCUGCUCUGCCAUCAGACCAGAUGAUCAAAGGUGUUUGAGUGUGAUGCUAAGAAGCUUUUAGAAAAGAGCAAAGGUGUUUUAAGUAUUCAUCACCUGAUUUCUUGAUAAAUAUAGUAAAAAAGGGGGAAGGAAAAACUUCAGUCAUUAAGUGUUUUUUAUCAUGUCUUUUAAUUGUGUGCUGAGCUCGGUGCAAUGAAACUUGUACUCUUCAGGGAGUGAUUGGAUUCAGUCUUUAUAGCAGCAUGGAGAAAUCUGGCCUUACAUCUGUGUGAUAACAAGGCUUUCUGUUGGAUAUAUACAGAAACUUUAGAAAAUUACUUCAGCUUCCAGUUCUGAUUUUAAUCUAAUACCAGCUUUGUCAGGAGAAAGCCAAAAUACAAAUGAGAAGAACAUUUAUUUUCUGAAAAUGCUAUUUGUAGGAUAUAUUUCCCUAUUUAUGUAUUGUGUCCUUUUUUUCUUGCAAGAAAUGUUUAUUAAAUUGGCAAAUUUGUAAUCAUUUACGGUAAAACUUUCUUAUCAAAUGUGCAAAUCUCAAAACUGUAAUGUUUGUUAAAGGGAAGAAACACUUCUAAAUUCAGUGAGACGUUCUCAUCUGCAAGUAGCAUUUUGCAUUAACUAUGGAACCAAAAGUGUUGUGCUCUUAUGUGCUAUUUGUAGCUAUUAGAAUUUCAUCAUUGUCGCUACAUUUGAUGGGUCAUAAAGAGAAUAAAAUACAGAUGCAUGGGGGAAAAAAGAAGAAAAACAGCAAAAGUGUUCUGAAGGUUUCCUGAACUCCUCUGAGAAGCUGAGCAGAUGUCCCAACAAAUGUAGAUUGUUGGGUUUUUUUUUCAUUAAAAAAAAAAAAAAAGUCUUUUAUGGGAGAUUACAUCUGCAUAAAUUUAGUUUCAGAGCAGACCUUUUAAAUUAGAAUGGCUGGGGUUGAAAAGGACCACAAUGUUCAUGUAGUUUCAACCCCCCUGCUAUGUGCAGGGUCACCAACCACUGGACCAGGCUGUCCAGAGCCACAUCCAGCCUGGCCUUGAAUGCCUCCAGGGAUGGGGCAUCCACAGCCUCCUUGGGCAACCUGUUCCAGUGCGUCACCACCCUCUGGGUGAAAAACUUCCUCCUAAUAUCUAACCUAAACCACCCCUGUCCCAGUUUAAAAUUAUUCCCCCUUGUCCUAUCACUAUCCACCCUUGUAAACAGUCAUACCCCCUUCUGUUUAUACACUCCCUUCAGGUAUUGGAAGGCCACAGUGAGAAAAUAUUCAUAAUUGUUGCUCAGUGUAAUGGGAUUUUGGGAAACAAAGGGGAAUAUACCUGGAACAAGAAAACAGCAUUUGCUUCAGUUGUAGUGAAUUUUAUUAGCUGCUGUUUUUUCCCCUUCAUUAGCCAAAUGUGGCAGUUACAAAUCUCUAUCUAUUAAUUAGUUUGUAGUAUUAAUCUUUCUUCAAUAGCAAUCUUUUUAUUUUUUGGAAAGAAGAGAAAUCAAACCUAUCUGGAUGAAAACAUUUCACGUUAAAGGCAGCUUUUACGCUGGUGACAUCUCGUUUUGUGUUGUAUUGCCCUACUCUGAAUCUCUGAGGAAGUUCAGAGAGCAGCAGCAGAACAAAUGAUUGAAAGUUAGGGAAUAAGGGAAGAUAAGCUUAGAUUAAAAAAUGUGAAAUAUAAUUUAGCACUCCUUUUUCUUUAAAGAGUUAGCUAGCAGGGAAAUAUGGAGAUUCUUAUCAUGGUGCAUGCUCUCUAGCAGUAGACCGUAGAAUGCAUCUGAAUUUUGCAUCUUGGACAGCCCUUGAACCAAGGCUUGAGGUUUGUAUGUAUUGGCAUAAGAAAAUGAAAUAGCAAGGUAUUAGGAGAUAAAAAUCCAAUUAUUGCAGUUAGUGUAAUAUGAUUGUGAUUGUUUUGGUUUUUUUAAUAGUGAUGUAGUAGUAUCUCUGGAAUGCAAAAUUGGAUGUUUGUGUGUUCAUGCAAAUCAGGCUUAACGAUGGCUUAACUCCAUUGUGCAUCCUGAGAUCUGGGUUGAUGCUUGAAAGGAAUUGUGGAAGUGAAAGUACUCCUAUUCAUUUUGUGCAAGUUCAUAGUCAAACGGCAUGGGUGAAUUUUAAGUUAAUUUCUAUAAUAAAUGUUUGGUUUUCAUGCCAAGGGGGUUUUCAAAGUGUAAGAAUGCAGCGUGUGAGCCUUACACCUCAGAACACCAUGAGCGAAGCUACAGAUUCUUGUACUAAUUGCAACCACUUUUUUGUACUGAUAUGAAAGCCUCGUUUUAACAUUAGUUCUGAACAUUAGUGAAGAUUAAGAACAAUGUCUAGCUUUUCUGCCUGCUGUUCUAUUAACCUUUGUCUGCUCCACUCAAAGAGCACUUUGAUACCUGCCCUGCAAGAGUGGCCUUUAUUCUAAAUUUGGCUAAAUGUUUCUAUGCCCAACCGUGAUAGAGACCAGGAAGUGGGCUGUAUUGUGCUUAUAAAGCAGCUUUUCCAAUAUAGCAUUUACAAAGUAGCUUUCUUGGCUUUGCUCUGAGCUUCAGUGGUAAACAGGAAAGCAUUUGAGGAGGAAAAAAUAAAAAGUACCUAGUGCCUGGGGCAUAGCUUUUCUCAUUGCACAGAAGAGGAAAAGAUGUAGUGCAUUCAUUUGAAAAAAUGAAUAUACAAUAAACACGGAGGCCUGUGAGAUAGCAGGAGAAAAAGCAAAGCGCAAAAGAUCUCUGUACUGCCUGUAUUUGAGUGUAAGUGAAUUAAAAGAUGUUAAUCACUGACGGGAAGGUUUUAAAUGUGUUUUCCUUGGCGUGGACUUUUUACUUGUGAAUAAGCCUGGCCUUUGAUAUCAACAUGAACAGUUACAUUAGGAAACUAGAUAGUUUCUCUGUUCGUAAAGAGAUUUAAAGUGGAGAUAACCUGCUUCUAAACAUAAACCUUUUGUUAGACAGUUGUCGAGUGUCUCCCUUCUUACCUCUCCCACUCCCCAAAAAUGCUGCCCAGAAAUCCCUGGAUGGGAUAAAUCUUAAAUCAAUUGGGGUAUAUUUAGCAGAUCUGUUGUUUCUGUCUGAUUUAUGAGUUCUGCUGCUUAGUGUUCACAUCAUAUGCUAUCCAGAAAAGGGUUUCGGUUUAUUACAGUGGCAUCAUGUAAUUACACUGAAGUACAUGAUGAUAGUAUUUAAGCCUUAAUAUGUUUUGAAGGGAAAUAAUGCAAAUAAUUAUCUGUUCAUCAACUUAGAUUAAAAAAAAAAAAAGAAAAAAAAAAGAAGGCAGGUAGAGAAUAGGUCAAGAUUCAUACUACUUGUUGGCUGAGUUUUACGUAUUCCAAUUAAUGAUUUGAGGUUUGACUUGAUGUUCUACAAUUAUUUGGAAGUAGGCCAUCUCAUGCUGAGCUGAAGCAUCAGGCCAUUUUAAAUGAGACACCGAGCAUGCUCAUAUCAAGUACCCACUCUUUCAGAUAUUGCAGCGAGUGUCUCUGUUCCCUGUUAGUAGAGCUGUCAUUCAAUUGAAGUAGAGGAGAGCACAGCAUGCCCUUUUGUCAUCCUUCUAUCGGUGCGCAUAUGAUUUCUCUGGGAGCUGGAAAUUUGAGAUGUGAGCCCAGCCUCGCUGUUAGAACGUCAGUGGUGUCGUCAUAAUGAACGAAAAGUAACCUGCAAACAUCCAGUAACGGGACAGCCAUCGCAGGACAACUGUAUUUUUGUUGUGAAUGAACAGACUGCUGCGGCAAUGACGUCUGAAGAAAAGAAGGAGAGACCUGUAAGCAUGAUAUGUGAAGCAACUAACUAUAAUCUGACAUCAGAUUAUGCUGCUCAUCCAAUGAGCCCUGUGGGCAGAACAUCACGAUCAUCAAAGAAGGUUCAUAACUUUGGAAAGAGAUCAAACUCAAUAAAGAGAAAUCCUAAUGCACCAGUUGUCAGACGUGGCUGGCUCUACAAGCAGGAUAGUACUGGAAUGAAGUUGUGGAAGAAGCGGUGGUUUGUGCUCUCAGAUCUGUGCCUCUUCUAUUACAGAGAUGAGAAAGAAGAAGGAAUACUAGGUAGUAUACUUCUACCUAGUUUUCAGAUAUCUGUGCUUUCUCCUGAGGACCAUAUUAACCGGAAAUAUGCCUUUAAAGCAGCUCAUCCAAACAUGAGGACAUAUUAUUUCUGCACAGAUACAGGAAAGGAAAUGGAGUUGUGGAUGAAAGCCAUGACAGAUGCAGCACUUGUGCAGACAGAGCCUGUGAAAAGAGUUGAGAAGUUCACCACUGAAAAUACACCACCUCGAGAGGCCAAUAAUAUUUCAAACCAUCGGGUGCUCAUUAAGCCAGAGGCACAAAAUAACCAGAAAAAUAGAGAAGUGAACAAAAAUGAAGAGAAGAAGGCUUUGGAAGCUGAAAAAUAUGGAUUCCAGAAAGUUGGGCAAGAUAAACCAUUAACAAAAAUUAACAGCGUGAAGCUAAAUCCUUUGGGAUCAGAAUACAGGACUCUACCCAUAACCACAGUUCAGGCUGGACACUUCAGACCAGUUCAUUUAAAUGGAGCUGAGAAUAAAGCUGUUGGUAUUGUCCUGGCAGAUACCGGAGAUGGAGGUCAGCACAAUGCAAUGCAGUCACAUAUGGAGUCUGAACGAGUUAUGCAGAGAACUAAUUCAAUGCUGCAGUUGGAACAGUGGAUUAAAAUACAGAGAGGAAAAGGGCAAGAGGAGGAAGCAAGAGGUGUAAUCUCAUAUCAGACAUUACCAAGAAACAUGCCAAGCCAUCGACCUCAAGCUUUACCCCGCUACCCAGAAGGCUACAGAACACUGCCCCGAAACAGCAAAGCAAGACCAGAGAGCCUGUGCAGUGUGACGCCGUCAGCUUACGACAGAGCCAUAGGACCCGUGACAGCUGAAGAAAAGCGAAGGUCAAUGCGUGAUGACACGAUGUGGCAGCUCUACGAGUGGCAGCAACGUCAGUUUUACAAUAAGCAGACAACUCUUACUAGGCACAGUACUUUAAGUAGCCCAAAAACGAUGAUCAAUAUUUCUGAUCAGACGAUGCAUUCAAUUCCCACCUCGCCUUCUCACGGUUCACUAGCGGGUUUCCAAGGGUAUUCCCCACAGCGGACCUACAGAUCAGAAGUGUCUUCACCAGUGCAAAGAGGAGAUGUAACCAUUGAUCGGAGACAUAGAGCGCAUCAUACUAAGCAUGUCUAUAUGCCUGACAGAAGGUCAAUGCCAGCAGUUCUAAGUUUACAGCCUGUUACUCCUCAGAGCCUCCAAGGCAAAACGCCAGAGGAGCUCACGCUGCUGCUAAUAAAGCUGAGACGGCAGCAAGCUGAACUGAGUAGUAUCCGGGAACACACACUAGCACAGCUCAUGCAACUAAAACUUGAGGCCAACAGCCCAAAGAGUGAGAUUCUUUCGCAUCACCUUCAAAGGAAUGCCAUAUAUGUGGAUCAUCAGAUGAAAGAGAAUGAACCUUUAAUCACCAUGGUUCACACUAUGAUUGAGAACUCGGCGCUAAGACCACAACUGUACCAGCAAUUAACACAAGAAGAAUGUAGGGGUACACUAUACAAAUAUAGAACUGAAGAGCUGGAUAUUGAUGCUAAGCUUAGCCGUUUGUGUGAACAAGAUAAAGUUGUACAAGCACUGGAAGAGAAGCUUCAACAACUACACAAGGAGAAAUACACGCUUGAGCAAGCUUUGCUAUCAGCAAGUCAGGAGAUAGAAAUGAAUGCAGAUAAUCCAGCAGCCAUACAAAAUGUAGUCUUACAGAGAGAUGACUUACAGAAUGGACUACUUGGCACUUGUCGAGAAGUAUCGCGAGCUACUGCAGAACUGGAAAGAGCUUGGAGAGAAUAUGAUAAACUAGAAUAUGAUGUAACAGCAACAAGGAACCAUAUGCAGGAGCAACUUGAUCGGCUCGGAGAAAUUCAGACUGAGUCAGCUGGGAUACAGCGUGCUCAGAUUCAGAAGGAACUCUGGAGAAUUCAAGAUGUCAUGGAAGGUUUAAGUAAACAUAAACAGCAAAGAAGCUCUUCAGAUGCAGGCAUCAUGGGAUCAAGGACAUUUUCUGCUAUUAAAUAUAAAAAUGAGGGUCCUGAUUAUAGGCUUUAUAAGAGUGAACCAGAGUUAACUACAGUAGCAGAAGUGGAUGAAUCUAAUGGUGAAGAAAAAACUGAACAAAUGUUAGAAUCAGAAUCUGCAGCUAAAGGCUCGCAUUUCCCAGUGGGAGUUGUACCACCCAGAACCAAAUCACCAACUCCAGAAUCUUCAACAAUAGCAUCCUAUGUCACUUUAAGGAAGAAUAAGAAGAUAGAUCUAAGAACGGAAAGACCAAGAAGUGCAGUGGAGCAGUUGUGUCUUGCAGAAAGCACACGGCCUCGAAUGACUGUGGAGGAACAGAUGGAAAGGAUAAAAAGACACCAACAGGCUUGCCUGAGAGAGAAGAGGAAAGGACUAAAUAUUAUUGGUGUUUCAGACCAGUCACCUUCACAGAGUCUGUCUUUUGUCAGAGAUAACCCAUUCAAAUCGGCACAGAAUCGCAAAAAGGACGAUACUGUAUCUAGUCACAUAAAGGAUUUAGAGAGCACCACUAAAGAUAAUAAUUUGAAACAAAAUAAUGAAAGUCCUGAAGAAGAAAUAGUGCAAGUAAAACACGAUGGAGAACAAGAACAUAAAUCAGGUUUUACUAAAGAGCUGACAAAAACCGAUGAUUUUUUAUCAGAUACACAUGUUGUAUCUGACUCCAAAGAAGUGAAUAAUGAAGAGAAAGCAGAAAAGGAAAAGAAUAAUAAAGUGGAAGAAACACAUGAUGGUGAUAUAAGCUUGCAGAGUGUGACCACAGUUGCAAACCACAAACCCAAAACCAGUUCAGAAGAAAGUGAAGCAGUUAGCGUUCAAGAGCAAAAAGGAAUUAUUGCUUCAUUUGAAUUAGCAACACAGUCUUCAAAAGGAAAUCAGGCAACAGCAGUGAAAAGUUUGCCUUCUUCACCAGAAUCGUCAUUGUCACCAGCUUCAUCUACACAACCACAGCUCACAGAAGGAUCACAUUUCAUCUCUAAUGGCUUCUGUUGAAACAAUUCAUGCCUGAGAUGUAUGGACCCGACCUAUGGAAAUGUGAGAAGAUAUUGUACAGUAUAUUUUAAAUCUAUGAAAUUCAUAGUUCUGAUGCUUUUGGCCACAGAGCAUCAUUUUAUCACUUCCUGGAAAAUGUUUAUUCCAAGAGAGCUUUAAAUGGCCCAUAUGUACACUCAACAACCUUCAGAUUGUUCUCCUGAUACCAGCUUGCUGCUAUGAUUUCUGUGCACAUAAAAUAAAGGCUCUUCUCAGUGUGCAGCCUAUAGUCAGGACUUUAUUUUCCGGAAUUUAAUGUUCUUUUAAUUGUGGAUCACAUAGGUUUACUUUUUGGCUUCAUUUAGAUGCAUAACUCAGUUAAUUUUACAUAUCACCACUAAAACCCUGUUUUACACUUUUUAAACACUACGAUUUAUUGUUUUAACAUUUUAUUUGUAAAAUUUUUAUAUAUAUAUAUAUAUAUAUAUAUAUACAUAUAGAUAUAUUUAAAAUGUGCCAUUUUUAUUAUUGCUUAGUAAAAGAUGUCCUGUUUCUGUUGUAAUUAUUCCUUGGUCAGGUUGCAAUGUCAGCAGUUACUGCCACACUUCUGUCAACAUAUACUUUAAUGUCAGUGCUUACUUUUACUUAAAUAAAAUGGAGUGUAGGUAUUCCGAGGUACUGGGCUUUUCCUUUGUUGGGUUAGAGUGUGUACAGCAAUAAGCAGGUUCUCAAUCCAGUACUUAGUUUGUGUACAAAUGUAAUUAUGUUCAUUGUAUAUAUAUUAUACAAUGAGCACAUGCGAUGUAAGUAAAGAAGCCACUUAUUGUUCAGAUAAGAAUGUUCAUAUCCCAUUUCUUUUAUAUCAUAUUAAAUAAAUGUUGAUGUUCUUAAGGACUGGUAUGGUUAGUAUUUCUUCCAGCAAGCAGAUGUCAGACAGCAUAUUCCACCUUUUGAUGUGGGGAGUGCAACAAUGUUAUCUCAUUGGCGACACCACCUGUCAACCAGAGUAGCAUGACAGACUCUUUAAGAUUCCAGUCUUCCUCUGCAGGAAAGAAUAAGGCUGCAACACACAACAAAAAGACAACAUGAGAUCCAGAUGCAAGAAAUACAGGUUCAGCUCCUGACUCUCCCGGGCUUGUAUCGUGAUGUUGGAAUAAUCACUUAGUCAUUCUGUGUGCCUCCAUUUCCUGCCUGCUUAUUUGAGACAGAAUAGCCUGUCUUGCUGGGGUGUGGCAAGUAGUAAUUCAGUAUUUGGAAACGUCAAAUGCCACAUUCAGCGGGGUUAAGGAGAGACGUAUGCUGAUUCCUUGAGGCUUUGACAUCUGCAACGCAUCUUCCAGAAACCGAAAGAAAACCCAAGGCCAUUUGUCAAGUGUCAUCGUCCUACAGAUGUUGCUGGCUCCACUUCUCCUUCUUACGCAGCUGUCUGAAUUUGCCUGAGACAAGAGGUUUAGGAAAGAAUGAUGAAAAAUGAAAUGAUUUAAAGGGCAAGCUUUUGAAUCUAAGAUGUAAAGCUAAGAAACCUUUUAAAGAUUCAGGCAACCGCUGUGUGCUUCGGUGCACGUGCGUGCCAUAAGUAGUAAGGAAAGUUUCUUAAGAAGGCGACUGCCAGCUCUCAUUGUGCUCUUUUUAUCACACAAAUCAUAGCCCAUUCAAGUUAAUCUUAAGGUACUAGAGACUAUAUAAUUCAUUGUGCUUUUCCAAAGAGGAAUGACUGAGAUUGACACAUGGUUUGAAAUUAACUCCUUAUCAUUACCACCUUGAGAAGGAGGUUGGAUGACGGUACAUAUCUGCCUCUCCCAGCUCUGCUCUCAGUUCUUUCUGGGGCUCUAUGCCACAGAGACACAGAGCACACUGUCUACCUGUUGCUCUGCCUUUCUCUUUGAAAAGCAGAGAACUGGGAGGCAGAAAUUAGCAGCGGAGCUUGGAGGGUCAUAGUGAAAGAGGUGGCGGAAGGAAAAGAGAUGAUUCACGCUGCAGGCAGACAGCACGCAGCUGAAAGCUUGACCAAGUAGCCCUUCCUCUUUUUUUGGAACAAGAGCCCCAGAUUAGCACAUCCUUCCAUCCAAAAUGCAGAGCAAACAGGAGGAAUGUGAUUUUUAUAGCUCAGCCAGCUGAGAUUUAAGUUCAGUGGCAUCGCUGGAACACCUGGGGCAAAACAAAUAUAACACACCCCGUUCCCUCCCUAACUCUUACACAGAGUGCUGUUCAGCUGUCAAGCUUUGCAAUCCUUUUCUGUCCUUACUGCCAAAAAAAAAGAUUUGCAACCAAUAAAGGAAAGAAUGACUAAGUGGUUUUUGGACAUUUGUAGAUCUUGUCUGUGUUUGAAGCAGCUGUCAGUUUGGUGUGUCUGCACAGUACGUGCAGUUUAUGCUGAACCUGGGGGGGCGUGGGAGAAUAUGCAAGUUUUUUCUGGUGUAACUUGGCAAAGAUGGCAAACGUGAAUGGUGCAGGAAUGCAGUCGUGCUCACAGACUGUAACUUCACUUCCUGUGGGCACUUGCAGCGAAGACUUGCCAUUUCAUUGGGUGCUCUAUCUUCUUGUCUUACGGAAAAGAACUAAUGGCUCUGUGUUCUCACAGAGCAUUUACUGUCUUUUACCUCAUCAGAACAGCUCAUCCCGGUGAUCGUACUCUGAGAUACAGAAAUAUCAGAAUACUGAUAUUGUCAGCUUACAAACAUCUUUUUAAGUUUGUAUCUAGGAUAUUUUUAUAUUUCUGAUUGAUUGCUUUAUUGGCUAUUGCACUGACACUUGUAUAUACAGAACAUGUACUUUUUUUCAAAAGCAAGAGUCCUUAGGAAUAAUGCAACACAUUCUCUACAGAUGUUCAUGCUUUUCGGAACCAAUUACAUCUAUUUUUGUCUUCUGUUCACCAUUUGCAUUGUUCCAAGACUACUAGAGAAUGUGAUUCUUUUCACUCCCUCAAUAAAGUGACAUAACUCAAAAAGUUA